AUGGCUGGUUUGAAUGUCUCCAUAGCCUUUUUCUUCUCCAUCGUGGCUCUUUGUGAGGUGACCAGGCGGUUCGCCAAGAGAAUUUUUCCACCUAAGCUCUACUUUUAUUUUGCUAGUGAACUGGUCAGCUCAUUCCAGAUGUGUGCCUGCUGCCUUGAACUGAAGAUGCUGAGGGAGAUUGGUCCAUGGGGAGGUGGCUUUGGCCCAGAUGUGAGCCUGACUCUUCUCUUUCUUCUCUUCUUAGUUCAUGGUGCCACUUUUGACGGUGCUUCUGCCAACCCAACUGUCUCUCUCCACGAAUUUCUAGCUUUGGAUUUUUCUUUGGGGGCCGCUGCUGCCAAACUCUUGGCCCAGUUUGUAGGGAUGGAAGCGGCCUCUGCUUUUACCAAGAAAUAUUGGUCCAGGGAAUUGACAGAUUUCCACAUGAUUCAGAACUUAAUGGUCCAAGACUGCAGUUCAUCUCUCAGCACCUCUAUCUCCCAUGGCAUCUUUGUGGAAGCCCUGUGUUCAUUUCUUUUCCAGCUGGUAGUUCUCAGGUUCCAGGUCAGCUCUCCCAUGUACAGAGUCCCUGUCAUGGCACUCACGGUUACUGCCUUGGCCUAUGCAGCUGCACCUCUCACAGGAGCCUUUUUUAACCCUGGCCUGGCCUGGGCUGUGACCUUUUCCUGCUCUGGAAACAGCUUACUGGAGUACAUACAGGUGUAUUGGCUGGCACCCAUCUCAGGGAUGCUGAUAGCUCUCUUCCUGUAUCAGGGGAACAUCCCUCGGCUCUUCCAGACAAACCUGCUCUACAGUCAAAAGAACAAAUAUAGGAUACCCAAGGGGAAAGCUCACUCUGGUGCCCAGAACUGA